AUGCACGUCAGUGUUUGGCCCUGCUCGCUCUCCGUCGUGAUGGCAGCUCUGUACCAGGGCACGGACGCAUCCUCCCCGGAUAAAUUCCUCGCCCUGAAAGACGUCAGGGAGGUGAAGGAGGAGACCACGCUGGACGAGAAGCUCUUCCUGCUGGCCUGCGAGAAAGGUGACUACUACAUGGUGAAGAAGCUGCUGGAGGAGAAUAGACACGGUGAACUCAACGUCAAUAGUGUGGACGUGCUGGGCCGUGACGCUGUCACCAUCGCCAUCGAGAAUGAGAAUCUUGACAUUCUGCAGCUUCUACUCGAGCAUGGUUGUCAGGCUACCGACGCCCUGCUGGUGGCAAUAGACUCGGAAGUGGUGGGAGCUGUGGAUAUCCUCCUUAACCACAGACCCAGGCGCGCAUCCAAGCCCUCUAUGGCUAAACUAAUGCAGCGAAUCCAGAAUCCUGAGUAUUCCACCACCAUGGAUGUGGCUCCCGUCAUUCUGGCGGCCCACAGGAACAACUACGAGAUCCUGACCAUGCUACUGAAACAGGACAUCUCGUUGCCGCGGCCACACGCCGUAGGCUGCGAGUGCACGCUCUGCAAUGCCAAAAACAAGAAGGACAGCUUGCGACACUCCAGGUUCCGCCUGGAUAUUUACCGUUGCCUGGCCAGCCCUUCCCUCAUCAUGCUGACCGAGGAAGACCCCAUCCUUAGGGCUUUCGAGCUUAGCACGGAUCUCAAGGAACUUAGCCUGGUGGAGGUGGAGUUCAGGAAUGACUACGAGGAGCUGGCCAAGCAGUGCAAGAUGUUCGCCAAAGACCUACUGGCUCAGGCUCGGAACUCCAGAGAGCUGGAGGUCAUCCUCAACCACACAUCCAAUGAAGAUUCCGUGGAUAAGCGGGGGCUCCUGGAAGAGCGCAUGAACCUCAGCCGCCUCAAACUGGCCAUCAAGUACAACCAGAAAGAGUUCGUGUCCCAGUCCAACUGUCAGCAGUUCCUCAACACGGUCUGGUUUGGCGAGACGGCCAGCUAUCGGCGCAAGCACACCUGCCUAAAGAUUGCUACGGUGCUGAGCGUAGCCAUGCUGUGGCCGCUGUUGUCCGUGUGCUACUUGCUGGUGCCGCGAUCCCGCGUAGGCCAGAUCAUUCACACGCCCUUCGUCAAGUUUAUCAUUCACAGCGCCUCCUACUUCACUUUCCUGCUACUUCUCAACCUCUACUCGUUGGUUUACAACGAGGACAAGAAGAACACCAUGGGCCCUGCGCUAGAGAUGAUAGACUACCUGCUAAUCCUCUGGAUCAUGGGAAUGGUGUGGUCCGAUGUGAAGCGUCUGUGGUACGAGGGACUGGAAGACUUCCUGGACGAGUCGAGGAAUCAACUGAGCUUUGUCAUGAAUUCCCUUUACCUGGCUACUUUUGCCCUCAAGAUAGUUGCUAACAGCAAGUUCAAUAAUGUUGGGGAGACUGAGAGGAAAAAAUGGGACGCCUUCCAUCCCAUCCUUGUGGCCGAGGGCUUGUUCGCCUUUGCCAACGUUCUUAGCUAUCUGCGCCUCUUCUUUAUGUACACUACCAGCUCCAUCCUGGGGCCACUGCAGAUCUCCAUGGGUCAGAUGUUGCAGGAGUUCGGCAAGUUUCUAGGUCUUUUCCUUCUCGUCUUGUUCUCAUUCACCAUUGGACUUACUCAGCUCUAUGGAAAGGACCAGAAAGACCCGGAGAAGAAUCCGCCCAGCGAUUGCCAGGGGAUUUUUUGCCAACAGCAGAGCAAUGACGCCUUCCACACGUUUAUGGGUACUUGCUACGCCCUGUUUUGGUACAUCUUCUCGCUGGCUCACGUGGCGCUUUUCGUCACACGCAUCAGCUACACUGAAGAACUGCGCUCCUUUGUGGGCGCCCUGAUUAUAGGCACCUACAACAUUGUGGUGGUUAUUGUACUUACCAAGCUGCUGGUGGCCAUGCUCCAUAAAAGCUUCAGACAAAUUGCUAAUCAUGAGGACAAAGAGUGGAAGUUUGCCCGGGCCAAACUUUGGCUAAGCUACUUUGAUGAUAAGUGUACAAUGCCGCCUCCGUUCAACAUCUUGCCCUCGCCUAAGACCGUCUGUUACCUGCUCACCAGCAUGAGCAAAUGGAUCUGUUCGCACACGUCCAAGGGAAGAGUCAAGAGACAGAACAGCCUUAAGGAGUGGAAGAACCUAAAGCAAAAGCGUGACGAGAACUACCAGAAGAUUAUGUGCUGCCUAGUGCAUCGCUACCUGACAUCCACGCGGCAGAAGAUGCAGAGCACAGACCAGGCCACUGUGGAGAACCUCAACGACCUGCGCCAGGAUCUAUCCAAGUUCCGCAAUGAGAUGCGGGACCUCUUGGGCUUCCGUACCUCCAAAUACGCCAUGUUCUACCCAAGGAGCUAG